CAGACUGUCCAGAAUGACACGUGACUGCGUAGUAUGGAAGGCUAAAGGCAUAAAGCAAUGCCAGGCCUGGAGCGGUCCAUUGACAAGCAUUCCAGUCUCAUCCGCCGUCUGCCCGCGUUCAGUGACUGGCUCCACGCAUUACACAACUGUUUUACUGUGGGAGUACUAGUGGGUCAACACCAGUCGAGCUACAACAUUAAUAAUGGCUGACCGCAAAGAGAAUGCUCGGGUGAAUUAUACCACUUACCUGAAGUUGGACCAGCUUCUGGCCUGCCAGGAACCUCUGAGUGCCAUCAAGGGAAACCACCCAGUACACGACGAACACCUGUUUAUUAUAACACACCAGGCCUAUGAACUAUGGUUCAAACAAAUUUUGUACGAAAUCGAUUCAGUGAGAUCAAUAUUCAGUGAAAAGGUCCUGGAUGAAAGCAAGACGUUGCAAAUCCUAAACAGACUUCAGCGAGUGGUGUUGGUCAUGAAGCUUCUUGUGGACCAGUUUCACAUUUUGGAAACAAUGACUCCCCUGGACUUCAUAGAAUUCAGAGAUUACCUCGUGUCUGCGUCGGGCUUUCAGAGUUUACAGUUCAGGCUGCUGGAAAACAAAUUGGGCGUUCUCGAAGAGAACCGAAUAAAGUACAACCAACAGCACUACAAACACGUGUUCAGCGACCCCCAGGCCAUGAAGCUACUGCACGACUCUGUCACCGAUAUGUCCCUGUUACAGUACGUAGAGAAAUGGUUGGAGAGGACCCCGGGUUUGGAUGAACGAGGAUUCAACUUCUGGAGCGGUUACAAGAUCGCCGCUGUUAGGUGGAUAGAAGACAGCUUACUACAUCCUUCAAACGAAGAAACGGACCCAGCUGAGAAAGAGAGACUAAUGCAGGAGUAUCGGAAACAACAGGACACUUUCGAUUCAAUUUUUGAUAUGUCUUUAUACAACGCUAGCAGAGAACGAGGUGAGAGGCGACUGAGUCACGGGGCGUUCAAGGGAGCCCUGCUGAUCUCGCUGUACCGUGACGAGCACCGCUUCAACCAGCCGUACAGGCUGCUCACCCUACUCAUGGACAUCGACUCGCUCAUGACCAAGUGGAGAUAUAAUCACGUGACAAUGGUACAACGUAUGAUUGGCAGUAAGGUUGGCACUGGUGGAUCCUCCGGCUAUCAAUAUCUUCGAUCUACUAUCAGUGACAGAUACAAGGUAUUCCUUGACCUGUUCAAUCUGUCCACCUACUUAAUCCCACGUGCCUAUCACCCGAAACUGUCGAAUCGAUUGAAGCGUCACCUCAGCGUUGUUUGCAUGCAGUGGAAUGACGAGGCCGAUGACCCACAAUCGGAAACCCAUAGAAAUGGGCGCACCUGUUCGGAAUCUUCGGACAAGUCCGUAGAGGAAUCAAUAGCAGAGUUCACCCUGUACUGAUGCAGCCAAUCAGAGCUGAAGAAUGAUGGCCAUAACCAAUCAGAAUCUUCACCUGACAGCCCAAAACAUAAGUGUAUUAAAAGUGGUCAUGUGUAUUCUGAAAUGAUGUUAUAAGAUGGGAAGGCGAAAUAUGCAUCUUUAAUGCAGAUGGUUUUCGGUGGAAGUUUUCUCAUGUUUCACAUAUUUUAUGUUCAUUCAAGAACGUAUAUUGUAAUGGAUUCUAGUAUAUUUUGUUUGUGAUAAAUAUAAAUAUAAGCGAAAGUAAUAUAAAGAAGUACAUUUUUGAAUUGAUACACUUAUAAAGGUGCAUUUAAAAUAUAUAUGUCCAUAUUAAUUUAAAGAAGUAUCCUAGCAUUUAAAAAAAUAAUAAUAAUAAAAAAUAAAAAAAAAAUAACAAACUGUUUAUUGUAUAUUAAAAAACCCCAAAACAUUUUGUGAUAUAGUACACUGAACUAUUGACUAAAUCUGAUACACCUUUCGUAACAACAGUUUUUAAUGUUUCUGCAGGGAUUAUUAAUUUUUGUGUAUUCCAUGUGAUUGUUCUGAUUGCUCAAAUUAUUUUUAUAUUUCAAUUGUGUCUUUAAUCGUGAAUUAUUACAACGGAAUCCUAGAGUGAUUAUUUAUUGAAAAAUACUCGUGUUUUAUUUGUUGGCUUUAUAAAUAACCCGGUGUAUUUCAUGCAAGUAGUUUAGCUUCUAGCUAAUUCCCUGGCGUGUUAGUCAAAUGUCCUACUAUGAAGAUCCUAGUGAAAUAUACUCAAAUGUGAACAUUAUUUUACGGUUAAAUUAUGCUCUUUGGUGAAAGUUUCCGUGAACCCUCGCGGUUCCUGUUUUAUAUAGUUGGAGAAGACAUUUUAUUAAUGUUACUCGAUUUUUUUUCCUGCCACUUCCCACGCUAGGUAGACUACGACCCUAAUAUGUAAUUUUUUCCUUCUUUCUCUUUCGAUAGAACUAUUUCAAAAUGGAGAUCUUUUUUUAUGAAUGACAUUCACUGUUGUAGAUAGAAGUUGUGUUUUGUCUUUCACAUUUAAAUCAUGAUAUAGAAUAUAUUAAUGCUGGCCCAAGUCUUUGUGCAUAGGGAACGGAUCUAGUCAUUUGAAGUCGUUGCCUCAACCACCCAGUCACACUCUGACAUUAAAGCGCCUCGCGACUUCUCGUUGACUGUGUUUAACAUGUACUCCAUUGCCCUUCUCAACAUUAGUCAAAACAUAUAUAUAUGUAUGUAUUUAUUUAUGUAUGUAUAUCCAAUUCAUCACUGGUGUACUCAUGUAACGUCCAAUAUGUCACCAGUGUAUUCAUGUAAUAUAGCGUCAGCACAUAUCAGCAUGGCGUAUUUCUAUACACUGCGCUAAUUCAUUUGGAAGAAAUAUCGCCUUGAUCAUUGUGUUGAACGUCUCCCUUCAUUUCCGUUUAGAUAUAUUGGUAUAAAUACUUGUACAAAUAUUUUUGGUUCCUUUGUUUCUGACUGCGUCAAUUACGAAGUCGCGAAUGUGAUAAAAUACACACAUGUAUAAGCCUACUACUGUACAACCAUCUACAUUUUAUGUACUUCAAAUGUUCAUAUAACCUUGAUGUAUAAUAAAUGUAUUUCAGAGGCAGAUCCAGGGGCUCCGUUCCCCCUAAAUAUAUUUCAAGUGCCUCUUUUUUCUGGCUUUAAAAAAAUGUACUGGGUUGCCCUUUUCACGAGUUGUCAAUGACAUUUGUUUUCUUAGCACUUCCCUCCCCCCCCCCCUCCCCCCCAAAAAAAAGCCCUGGAUUCGCCCUGCAUUUAUUUCUGUUGUAUUACUUUAUUUAAUCUAAUAAUACUGGUACUCAGGGAUGCAUUAUCAACCAAGCAAAGUGGGUACAGUACUUGGGCAUCCAGUCCUAUUGAUAGCGUGUCUGGACACAUCUGUACAUAUAAAUCUUGUUUUAAUAAAUCCAUUAAAAACA